AUGGCGCUUCGACGGCGCAGAAUCGCCGAGUUUCGCCUCCUGGAGGGCGAUGACACGGGACAAACGGACACGUGCUCGCUCGAAGACGACGAAAUUUACCUUGAAUACCCUAAAGAAGACAGUCUUUCCCUGAUCGGCCGAGAUUCCCAGUGGGCUGAAGCCGCAAUCGAGCCGUCCGCGGACAGAAAGUGCGCCUUUUACGUCUACAAAUGGGGAACCAAUUUCACUGAUGGUGAUGACUUCGUCGAUGUCUGGAGCCAUGGCCGACUGCUUGUCUCUGUCAGACGUCUGGAGUAUGGCGAUGGACAGAUUGCGAUCGGCACCACCGACAUCAAGAAUAUCUUAGCGGCCAUCGACAAGAAGGAGAGCUUUCGUGGCGAGUCAAACGCAGUGAAGAGACUACCCAUCUUCUCAGGACUCAUGACGUUCAUUGGCCCAAAUGAGUGCGACGUCGACCUUGAGUGGAUUGUUUGGCUGGAUGAAGUCCACGACCAGUCUAGAACUGGUACUUCUGGAGGCGACAUGGAUGAGAUCGUCGUGCAAGAAUCAUGA